CCUUGCUCUUAUAAAAUCCGCCGGCCGUCGUCCAUCACCGUUCCCGGAGCGAACCCCAUUCACCACCUGACUCCCUUCUCCCCUCCUCGAUUGCAACCACAGGCCGGCUCGAGGUGCCGCCCAGUUCAAGUGCUCACCGGCGCUCGCAUUCUUUACUUGCACUGCCCACUAGUCGCAGCGGCUUGGCUCGGCGCGAUUCUUUAGUAGCUUAGCUUAAUUUUUAUUCUUGUUUUGUCUCUGGUUCGGAGGAAAGAAUAGUGGCCUUGUCUCGCCGGCCGGUUGGGCGGUGCAGGUGCGUUAAUGGCGGUUGACCGCACCGCACCCUUCUCCCCCUCGCGCCUUUUAAAUCUGGCGGGAAGCGCCCGUGGCGACACGACCCGCGGGAGCCACUGAAAAAGCUUCUGUUCUUGAUCCGCCCUCUCUUCUAGUGUUCUUGUUCUUGAUCCGUUCGUCCACCUUCAGAACCAUCACGAGCAACCUCGCCCGUCUUUUCCAUUCCAAGGUUGCAGCGGUGUAAUGGCGCCGGGGGAGAAGAAGAUCCUGGUGGCGAGGAAGGGCCGGCUGCGGCAGCGCUACGACGGCGAGCACCGCCUCGUGGCCGGGUGCGUGCCGUACCGCAUGGGCGCCGACGGCCACCCCGAGCUGCUCAUGGUCUCCACGCCCAACAGGGACGACCUCGUCUUCCCCAAGGGCGGGUGGGAGGACGACGAGGACGUGCACGAGGCGGCGUGCCGCGAGGCGCUGGAGGAGGCCGGCGUCAAGGGCGCCAUCAACAGAACCGCGCUGGGGAUGUGGGUGUUCCGGAGCAAGAGCAGCCCGGUGAGCGGCGACAGCCCCCGGGGCGCCUGCAAGGGCUACAUCUUCGCGCUGGAGGUCGCCGAGGAGCUCGAGCAAUGGCCGGAGCAGGACACGCACGGCAGGCAGUGGGUCUCUCCGGCGGACGCGUACCGCCUGUGCCGGUACGACUGGAUGCGCGAGGCGCUGUCGGCGCUGCUGGACCGGCUGGCGGAGGCGAAGCCCGCCGCGCCGGAGCUGGAUGGCCACGGCGGCGUGUACAAGAUGGUGAAGGAGGCCGCUGCCACCGCCGACCGAGCGGUGGCUCUCUGCUAGCUGAUCGCAAUGUCAGUGUCUAAUAGCAAUCAGAAACCGUCUGAACUCUGAAGAAUCUAUGAUUCCCGCAUGGUUUUGAGGUUGUUGGUGUACUGUACCCAGUUAGUGCUCUCCUCCAUGUGCAUCUGCCCCUGCAACUUCUUCCUGCUGAUGACGGUUUCCUGAAUGUAAUCUUCGUCGACUUGGAGCGCCUGUCAUGGCCGUUUCCUGAAGCUCGGUAUCGGCCGGCUGUUGUUCGUCUGAAUGCUCUGACUCGUAUGGAGAGAUGGAAAUUCUUGUGAGCUUGUAUGAUCAAUAGCGUCUGUUGCAGAAUUUCACUAGUAGGGUUACAAGUGUUCACAUGUAAAAGUUUGGAUUGUUUUUUUGUCCUGA